AGUGGGUCACAUGUUAUAAAAAAAAAUGAUAUGAUUGCUUUAAAAUAUUCCUUUUAUACGAGGAUAAUGAUUUGAUGACAAAAUAGUAGAUUUGAUGUUGUUUUAAAAUGAGAAUCCUCGUCUUAAUAAUUGAGUUGCUGUGUUACCAAUCAUCAAUAUCAUAUCUCUCUCUGCGCUGAGUUCCUCCCAUCUAUCCCUCGUUGUUUGCCAUUGCAUGCACCCUCCACACUCGUAACUCUCUCUACUACUUUAGGUUUAAUUCAGAGUUUCUUUAUUUAAUUGCAGUAGCAAAAAAUGGAUGCGUUAAUAGGUGGAGAUAAACUGAUUCUUAAGGGAUUAACAUUCUUUGGUUUUCAUGGAGCAAUAAAGGAAGAAAAUACCCUUGGACAGAAGUUUGUUGUAGAUAUAGAUGCUUGGAUGGAUCUUAAACCAGCUGGAAUUUCUGAUCAUUUAUCUCAUACUUUCAGUUACGCUGAAAUAUAUCUCAUAGCUAAGGAAGUUAUUGAAGGACCAGCUCUAAACCUUCUGGAAUCAGUGGCCCAAAAAAUUGCAAUCUCUACUUUGACUAUUCACAAAGAGAUAUCUGCUGUUCGUGUGAAGAUUGGAAAGCCUCAUGUGGCUAUUCAGGGUCCGGUUGAUUACUUGGGCGUUGAGAUUCUGAGACGCAGAAGCGAUUUGGCAGACUAGAACUUUCAUAUUUAGUACUGCAGGUUUUUUAUGUAUUCCAGUUCUGUUUGAUACAAUAAUAACAUUACUCUUCCCCGAGCAUACCAUCAGUCUUUUCUCUUUAUCUCUUAUAAGUCUUGUUAAUAAAAUUAAAAGAUGAAACUAUAAGCAGAUAAUUUGGAGACAACAAAAAACAAUACAGUGAGAUACUGUUACUUUUGAAUUGCCAAAGAGCAUCUGAAUUAAGUUUAUAACUUAUAUGAUAACAAUUGUUU